GGGACUAGGAUGGUCGCGGGCUGAGAACAGGUGGCGCGAGGGAGGCAAAUGCUAUUUUGGGAUCGCAAUCUCUCCGGCAACGAUGCUUUACCCUUUAAAAGCCUUCCUGUUACGCAACUCCACGUACAUACUUCCUCCACGCUCUCAUGCCCUUCUCUUUACUCUUCCCCUUUCUUCUCCGAUCUCCAUUUCCAUAUCCGCCCCUCGGUUUCAUGUCCUUUUUACUUCCUGGAGGACCCUGCACCUCUUCCGGUCGGAAGCAAUCUUAGAGACCUUUUGUCUGUUGAGUUCCUAACAUGAAACUGUAACUCUGGUGAGGCACUUAUACAUUUGAUCGGAUUAUUUUGAAGUUGGCAUUUCAGGAUCUGAGAGACCAAAAGAAACAUCCAGCAAUCCUACUAGAAUGGCUGUCAGCUUCAAAUAUUGGGAUGAUUGUGUUGAUCCACCAGACAUGGAUGCCAUGUGGAUGAAUGCUGAAGUGAGCACUGAAUGGAAUGAUGCUGGAGAGAAUAGAGGACAGAAAGUUCACCUCUCUCGGGAUCCAGAUGGACAGCCUUUUCUCACACAAACCGAGAUGAGGGCUGUGGCUGGGAUUAUUGUCUCAAGGCAUUUUGAUUCACAGAUAGAUCCGGACAUGAUUUGCGCUGUAGCUGAACUUGAAAGUGACAGACAGCCCCUUGCUGAACGGUAUAACCGCAAAACUAAGGAGACCACUAUGGGAAUCAUGCAACUUUUACCAAAAACCGUGGAUUGGAUGGUGAGUGAAUUGGGUUACCGGACAUACGAAGUGGAAGGAAAUCCAACACUGUUGUACAGGCCUUUUGUAAAUGUAUACCUUGGCUCUGCCUACCUCAAGUGGCUAUCAAACUAUGAACAAAAAGAAAGAAGCGAAGAGUUUGUAGUUAGGUCUUAUAAAGGUGGUGCAAAAAAAGCAACUCACAAAUCAACUUUGCCAUAUUGGAGACGGUAUCUUUCUGUCAAAGAAAGUCUUCCUUCAAGGAAAGUUUUUGAAGAUGGUCCUGUGCUGAACAAUUCUUCUGCAUCUUCUGCACAGCCUGCACCAGUUUCACGAAAUGAAGGCGAGGGAGCUGGUGUUGUUUACACAUACUGGGACUCUAGAGCUUCCCCUGAAGACAUGGAAGAGAUGUGGAAUAAUCCUGAUGUUACGAGAGAGUGGACCAAAUCUGGAGAGAGACGGGGAAAAGUACGAUUUUCUCAUGAUGCAAAGAAGAGGCCCUAUCUAUCCCGGGUAGAGGUGAAGGCAGUUGCAGAAAUCAUUCUUUCGAAACAUUUUAGCACAAGAGGAGUUAAACCUACAGUUCUAUGCGCUCUUGCUGAGAUUGUUAGCAUGCGCUUUAUUAAUGGGGCUGGACCACGUAUUGGUGUAAUGGGAAUUGACUACUCCACUGCUCUCUGGCUUUACAAGGAUUUGGGCUACAAUGCUUACCGCAUCGAGUCUGUCGAUGAUCUGGGCAAGCCAUUCAUUUCCAUGUACUUUGGUGCUGCCUAUAUGGCUUGGUUAUCAGAAUAUGAAGGGAGAGAAAGAACUCCUGAGUUUGUUGUGCAGGCUUACCUUGGAGGGCCAGAAAAUGUUAGUCUGCAGGAAACGGGUCCGCUCUGGCUCAAAUUUGAGGAAGCGUUACUCGGUUAUGAAGAGAUAAAGAGGGAACAAGGAAGCUGCUCCAUUUUAUAAACCAACUGGUUGUACCUUAGCAUUUCUUUUCCUUUCUGGAUCUACUCUUAAGCGUGGCACUGAAUUAUACUGUUUGGAAUGACUGGAGUGAAUGUUUUCAUUUAACGGAAAUGAAGUAGUUCAUAUUUCUGAGCAACUUCUGCAUUGUUAUCUUCUUGCCAAUGAGAGCUUUUGUAUUUGCAAGUACCUCUGGAGCCCUUCCCCCUUCUUAUUCUGUAAUUAGUGAGCUGUUUUUUUUUUUUUUUUUUUUUUUUUUUUUUUUUUUUGUGGUUCAUUAUGAGAAAAAUGAAAUUCAAUAUUUUUCAUCA